CAGGGCAGGCCAUCCGAUAAGCACUCCUUAUCGGGGAAGCUUGUGAUGCGCCAAGAUCUCAACCCUUACCUAUGUCAUCGUCACUUUCCAUUCUAACCAAACCUCAUUCCUAACAUCGGAAAGCUACAUUGCACGUCGCAUAUCGACUUUGCGGGACAAGAUGCAUUCGUAAAGUCCUCAAUCAUCAGUGCUCCGUGCCAGAACUUGGACCAAGCAGCUGUUCCAACCCCCUGAGCUACCUCUGACCGUUUACCUGAGAUAAACAACAGUCGUUCCCUAGCAUUCCUCGCAGCAGCGCAACUAUGGAUCUCAUACUAAAGCCAGUGCGAGUCGCAACGUCCAAGCCUGCGCGAAAAACCUACCUCAAUACCAUCCUGUUUAUGAUAACCUCCUCGAUCCUGCUUGGCCUAGCAGUCUUCGCAUACAUCCUCUUCUACUACAACUAUGUACCCCAAAUAGGAAUUGAGCGUGUAAUCCAUCUGCAAUAUGGGUAUACUCCCUCGUUCUGCUCCUCCAAUCCACGAUACGAUGCUAACAGUCCCAGCGCCGGUCCCCACCCCUACGGAAUAACCUCCCUCGACGCCUCCCUCGUCUCCCAACAGCCCUACGACAUAACACUCACCCUCCACGUCCCCCGCUCCCCACCUAAUCUCCACCGCGGCAACUUCAUGCUCUCCCUCACCCUCCUCUCUCCAACCUACAAACCUCACCCCCCUCCAACCCACCUCGACCCCCUCACAUCCCCAAUCGGAACCGCAACUCUACCUCCACCUCUACCACCAACCCUCUCCCUCUCCAAAGACGACAUCCUCUUCACCUCCCGCCGCCCUACAAUCCUUACCUACACCUCCCGGCUCAUCUCCCUUUCCUCGCGGCUCCUCUCUCUCCCCCUCUACCUCCUCAACCUCAAGCACGAAUCCGAAACCCUACACAUACCCAUGGCAGAAUCGGCUUCCUUCCCCCGCGGUAGGAAAAACAUCCCCGGCUUUGCAAUGCUGGAACUCCAAGCCGGGCAAGAGGUCCAAGUCUACUCUGCAAAGAUCACAUUUACAGCUCGGUUCGGCGGCCUGAGAUGGCUGAUGUACAACCACCGGGUGAUCUCAUUCGUGAUUUUCACGUCGGCGUUUUGGGUUGCGGAGGUGCUGUUUACUGCUAUUGGGUGGCUUAUUGUGCGGUCUAUUUUCUCGUCUGCGGCUACAGUGAAGAAAGAAGAAGCGGGGGCUGUUAAGGCCGAGGAAACAGACGCGAGUCUUACUGGUAUAAAGAAUGAAGGUGACGAGACGGAUGAGUUGGAUCUGUCUGAUACGCCGCGGACGUUCCCGACGUAUGGGCGGCAGGCGCCGUUGCGGUAUGUGUCGAGUGGGAAGGAUGAGCCGCAGGUUAAGGACGAGGAUAGCGAGGAGUAUGUGGCGUUUCAGAGGGGGGCGCUGGCUGAGGCGGAUGAUGAGGAUGAUGGGGAGGAUGUGGGGGGGUAUAGAGGGGGGAGGACGGAUUCGGGGAUUGGGACGAGUUUUAGUGAAGGGGGUGAGAUGGGGGGUGUGAAGAGGAGGAGGUCGAAGGGUGGGAGGGUUUGAGAGCUUGCUUGGGCGGGCGUGUUGGAAUUGGUGAACGGCGAGCUUAGAUACGAUACUCUGGGUUGGAAUAGGAAUUUUUACACAAAAUAAUCGAUAAUAGGAUUUGGCUUUCUUUUCACCUCAAAAUUCUUCCCUAUAUGGUUAAGCAGGACUGUUAAGCGAAGAUGCCGAUGUCAAC